AUGCUUCAAGCUUCUGAUUUAGAUGGAGUGAAUGAAUGCACAGAAGAAUACGAGGACUCAUUAACUAGACCACUGAAUGAUGAUAAUGGCAUGCCAUUAGCUAGAACAUGGAAAGACCAGACUUCAUUCUUAUGCACUAUUCCAGUUCAACGUGAUGGAGCGGGUAUAUUCUUUGAUGGAUUAGAAACUUUCAACUCACAAGUUACAGUACAAGUGAAAGCUUAUCCAAUCAUUCAGGGUGAAAAUGACACUUACUGUUCAAAGGUGACAAAUCCUCCUCAGGUUUGGUUUACUAGGACUACGUAUUGGACAUGGACACCGGAUGAAGGUUUGAAAUAUCAUCCAACAGGUACACCACCACAGUAUAGAAGUUCAUAUGAUGAAAUAUUGAUGAAUAGAAAUGUUUAA